AAAACUGCAAGAAGAGCAGAGAGAGAGAGGAGCAGGAGCAACACACCCAAGGAAUCCAACAUCUGGACAACCAUUCCACUGAACAGAAAGUUUCUCCAGCCUAACAUCUGGAUGGAAGAAACUGCUGUAGUCAUGAAUGCCUCACACCUUCUCUCUGCUCUCGCUUUUGUUCUCCUCACUGGAGAGAGCACAGCUUGGUACUACAAUGCCUCCAGUGAGCUCAUGACAUAUGAUGAAGCCAGUGCAUAUUGUCAGCGGGACUACACACAUCUCGUGGCGAUUCAGAACAAGGAAGAGAUCAAAUACCUUAACUCCAGUCUCACCUAUUCACCAAAUUACUACUGGAUUGGAAUCAGAAAAGUCAAUAACAUAUGGGUCUGGGUGGGGACCCAGAAGCCUCUGACGGAGGAAGCUAGGAACUGGGCACCAGGUGAACCAAACAACAUGCAAAGAAAUGAGGACUGUGUGGAGAUCUACAUCCAACGACCCAUAGACUCGGGCAUGUGGAAUGAUGAGAGAUGUGACAAAAAGAAACUGGCUCUGUGCUACACAGCUUCGUGUACCAAUACAUCCUGCAGUGGUCAUGGUGAAUGUGUAGAGACCAUCAAUAGUUACACCUGCAAGUGCCACCCCGGCUUCUUGGGACCUAACUGUGAGCAAACUGUGACCUGCAAAGCACAGGAACAACCUGUCCAUGGAAACCUGACCUGCACCCACCCCUUUGGCCUCUUCAGCUACAAUGCCUCCUGCUCCCUUGGCUGUGAAAGGGGCUACCUGCCCAGUAGCACUGAGACCGUGUGGUGUAUGUCCUCUGGAGAGUGGAGUGCGCCUGCUCCAGCCUGCCAUGUGGUUGAAUGUGAAGCUUUGACUGACCCUGCCCACAGAAUCAGGAAGUGUUCCUCAAAUUCUGGGAGCUAUCCAUGGAACACGACGUGCACAUUUCACUGUGAGGAAGGCUACAGGCUUGUUGGAGCUCAGAAGUUACAGUGCACCUCAUCGGGCAUCUGGGACAAUGAGACACCAUCAUGCAAAGCUGUGACCUGUGACGUCAUCUCUCAGCCUCAGAAUGGCUCUGUGAGCUGCAGCAACUCAACAGCUGGAGAACUUGCCUUUAAGUCAUCCUGCAACUUCACCUGUGACCAAAGUUUCACGUUGCAGGGGUCAGCCCAAGUUGAAUGCAAUGCACAAGGGCAGUGGACACCACAAAUCCCAGUGUGCAAAGCUUUCCAGUGUGAAGCCUUAUCUGCACCACAGCGAGGCUACGUGAGGUAUCUGCCCAGUGCUUCGGAAGCUUUCCAAAGUGGAUCCAGUUGUGAGUUCUCCUGUGAAGAAGGAUUUGAAUUGAAGGGAUCAAGAAGGCUUCAGUGUGGUCCAAGAGGAGAGUGGGACAGCAAAAAGCCCACAUGCUCAGCUGUGAAGUGUGACGAUGUCCCUGAGCUCCAGAAUGGUUUCAUGGACUGCACUCAUGCUAAUACUGGCAAGUUCACUUACAAGUCCUCGUGUGCCUUUCAAUGCAACGAGGGCUUUAAAUUGCAUGGAUCAGCUCAACUUGAGUGCACAUCCCAGGGAAAGUGGACCCAGAAAGUCCCCUCCUGCCAAGUGGUACAAUGUCCAAGCCAUGACAUUCCAGGAAGAACAAACAUGAGCUGCAGUGGGGCGGCAAUCUUUGGCACAGUGUGUAAAUUUACAUGUCCUGAGGGUUGGACACUCAAUGGAUCUGCAAUUCUGACAUGUGGUGCCACUGGACACUGGUCUGGAAUGCUGCCUACUUGUGAAGCCCCGGCCAGCCCUGACCUUCCCUUGGUAGUUGCACUCUCUGCGGCAGGAACCUCACUCCUGACAUUGUCCUCAUUGCUCUACUUGUUGAUGAGAUACUUUCGGAAGAAAGCAAAGAAAUUUGUUCCUGCUAGCAGCUGCCAAAGCCUUCAAUCAUUGGGAAACUAUCAAGUACCUUCUUACAUCAUCUAAGUUCAGACAAUCAGGAACACAAGUGCAUUGUGGAAAAUAGAAUGAUAUGCUGAAGACAGCAGUAAAUGAACCAUCUACAGAAUCUUGGUCUCUCUUGCCUGCUUAAAAACUGGGAUCCUGACUUCAUGGACCAAAACUGAGUGACAAGACCAGCCUUCUACCAGAAUGACUCUGUUUCCUUUUUCCUAGUUAGUGGCAGUAUUAAGAAUGUGCUGCCACAGAAGGUGGAGGUGCUCUCUUCAAAAGAGAGUGAAUAGACUGGGGGUGGGUGCUGGAACAGCAGAAUUCAUUCUGACUCUUAGUCACUCUAGGAUUUGGGAACAGAAACAGUAUUUUGUUGCUUUGUUUCUCUUGUUCCCCAUAAAGUAUGUUAACAGCUAAUUCCAGUAUAUUGUCUCAGGGGUAAAUAAUAUUUAUUAGCAGUUUUGAGCAAACAAUUUUCUAUUUCUAUCUUGAAAAAGGGCAAAAAUUGCCAUAUUCUCAGGUUAUGGGAUAGGAGUGUCAUUAGGGGUACAAGGUUCAAAUCCUGGUGAAUAUUACAUGUUAAGACUGCUAGGCAGACUUACUGGUUUUAUCCCCAUGGGAUUCAGUGGCCACUGAAAUAUUCUUGAACAUUGUGUUCUGUGUCCUGGCAUGGAAUCCAGCAUGAUAUCCAUCAUUCUUAUUUCAGUGCAAGGGUCAAAAGGACUUAAAAAAAAUUCAGAAUCCUAUGGCCUAUCACGAGGCAAAAGUUACCCUAAAUCUUUUUUUUUUUUUAAUUAGAAAAUACCAAUGUUAUAUCUGCAGUUAACUUAUUUUCAAAACGAAAAAUUAAUAAUCAGUGUGAAAUCCUGGGUAUUUAAUGGUAGCUGGUUUUAAGACAAGGUACUAUCAAAAGAAUAGAAAAGAGAUAUAGAAAAGAAUAGUGAAGAGAGAGUUUGUAUAUUUG